CAUGGAAUCGAAUCGAAAUCGAGAGUCCAAUACCCGCGUCUCAACUCUAUGCACUGUUUUUUACUGGCAACACUGAUAUAGGCGGCCAUAUUUUUCUUUCUUGUAUGCGUUGGAUCUCACCGUGUCACGAUGAGUUCCCUAAAGCUGCAGAAGAGGCUUGCAGCCUCUGUUAUGCGAUGUGGCAAAAAGAAGGUGUGGUUGGAUCCAAAUGAAAUCAGCGAAAUCGCUAACACAAACUCCAGACAGAACAUCCGUAAAAUGAUCAAGGAUGGUCUUGUCAUCAAGAAACCCGUAGCAGUUCACUCGCGCGCCCGUGUCCGCAAGAACACAGAGGCUAGGAGAAAAGGUCGUCAUUGUGGCUUUGGAAAAAGAAGAGGUACAGCCAAUGCUCGUAUGCCACAAAAGGAACUAUGGGUACAACGGCAAAGGGUAUUGCGAAAACUGCUGCUCAAGUACAGAACAGCCAAGAAAAUCGACAGACAUCUGUACCACGCCCUGUACAUGAAGGCGAAGGGUAAUGUCUUCAAGAACAAGCGUGUGCUCAUGGAGUACAUCCACAGGAAGAAGGCUGAGAAGGCUAGGACUAAGAUGCUUAGUGACCAGGCCGAGGCCCGCCGUAACAAGGUGAAGGAGGCGCGCAAGCGGCGCGAGGAGCGGAUUGCAGCGAAGAAGGAGGAGCUCCUCCAGACCUUCGCGAGGGAGGACGAGGCCGCCGUCACCGCCAAGAAGUGAACUAGGAUAAAUAUCCAAUAAACAUAAAAAAUCCAAA